CAGUAGAAGGUUCAUUGUAAAACUGCAGUAUUUUUUGCUCUAAUUUUAAGUUGAGAAAUAAUUUUUAAAAUAAAAACAUACAACUCAUUCAAACUUAAAAACAAUGAUAUUAAGCGUAUCUCAAAAAAUAAUAAAGUAAUUAAAAUUAAAUUAAUUAACACAGUAUUUUUGCGUAGAACUCCUUUUCGCGUGGGCGGCCUUCGGCCGCGCUUCAAAAAAAUAACCCUCAUCAGUCCAACUCCGGCUACGCAAUCCACAGUAUUUUUGCGUAGAACUCAUUUCCGUGUUAAAACCAUUGAACCCAAAAUUAAAACAUCAUAUGCGUGUAUGUAGUAAGGAGGCACAAUAACCCCCAUCCCCAACAUUAACACUAAACUUAAAUACUUAAUUUUUGUUCAUAUUUUUGUUUCAUUUGCAGGCAUCCGGCAACACCAUACUGUUGUCAUUCCAAUCUUCUUAUUCGCGUUUAAAAUUGGAAAGUGACUGUAUGGACAAAUGCAUUUGCAUUUUAUUUUAAUAAAAAUAAUUCGAAUAUAAGGAUAAAAAUAAGUAAAAACACGCGUACUAAACAGUAAGAUGAUGUAAUGUAAGAACAAUGAAAAUUACGUUUGGGAACUAUCACGACACAUAACAGCACAGCUGUUUUUGAAAUAUUAAAUUAAUAUUAAAAAAAAAUCGUGCUUAUAACAAAUAAACUGGAAGGAAACACAAAAGCCAAAGUAAAUAUACAUAAAUAUCUAUUAAAAAACAAUAAUAAAAUUAACCAGCCAAAAAUUAAAAACCAAAAAAAAAAAACAAAAAAAAAAAACGUAAAUAAAAAGUGAGUUGAAAUUAUUUUCUGAUGAAAUGUAAAUGAAUUUAACUAAGAGACGAGUUAAAACAGAUGCCCUUUUGUGCGAAAAUUAAGUAAAGGCAACAGCAACAAAAGAUACCGCAGUCGCUAACCCAACAGCAAAAAAUCUACUUAGGAAAUUUGUAAAGCGCGGAACAAUUUGAACAACAGCAAUAAUAUUGAAGUGAGACUCGGAGUAAUUGACAUUAAGUUUACUAAAAGUUGAAGGGAGGUGUUGCUGACAUAAACAUUUGCACGUGGUUCGAGGUUGCUCGGUAUAUCGCGGGCAUUCAAAAUAAAAAAAAAAACUCUUACUCUUACACAUACUCAUAGAAAAGUAAGAAAAACAAAAUAAAACAGCGACGUCAAGCAGCCACUGAACAGAAUCUGCCCGCUCGUUGCUUUGCUCUCCCUUUCCACUUCAUAUGUUUCCAUUCAAUUUUGCGCUGUUGACGUGCUGUGAACGAACUAAAGAAGGAUAGAAAGCAGCUGCAGCUGUUUCACUGUGUCAUCCAACUGACUGCCCCACCAAACAAAACAAAAGUAGCAAAUACACGUAGUAAAUGAAUGCAUAUGCAUGAAUGUAUGUAUGUAUAUUUGUUGGAGCAAGUGAAUGUGUGUACAAAGGUGAAAAAAAGAGGAAUAACAGCGUAGAUAUUUGUAAAUGGAGCUGAAAAUUGAAUACUUUUGAAAAUAUAUCCGCUGUUACAAAAUAUUGCAAAACAGACAGUGCGUUUAUAGAAGGCAGGCCUAACGUUAAAAGUCUUCGGAGCCUCUCUCUCUCUUUCGCAUUAGUGUUUCUAAAACAAAUAACAGUUUUAGUGGCAACAAGAAAAACAUCUAAUUAUGUAGUUGCAAACUUCGUUUCAGUCGCCGCGAAUUAUUGAACUAAAAAUUUCUCAAAAUAUCGGUCAAUGGGAGAAUAUUUUUUUCCGGCUAUCAAAUUCAUAUUCAUUGCUUGAAGAGCACGAGCUAAAUUGGAUUGCAUUUGGUGCGAGUGAAUGGGAUACAAAUAAAUAAUUAAGGAGUGUGUACAUAUGUUUUUGGAGCACCACUUAUCAAUCAACGCCAACGCCGUUGACACCCGCCCCGAUAACAUUCACUGCGACACGUAAUUGAUCAAAAGGCGUACUCCACUCUAUCACUUGAACUGCGAGAGUAGAUGCAUGUAUGUAUGCAGAUGCUAUAUCCUGCCUUCGUUAGAUGAGUUUGUCGAAAUCUUGCACCCAGCACUUGUGAAUUUAUAGACAUUUGAACUGGCGGCACUUUUAUCAUUGGCGCAUUUGAUUAUGAUGGCUCUUGACGGCAAAACAAUAAUUAAAGAAGAAAUCACAGAUAAGGACGCGUAUGAGGCUGCAACAUCCAAUAAUCCUAGCCGACGGAAUAAAGCAAACUCUUCCUCGAACUCCUCAUCCGGAAAGGACUCAAAUAACAGUAGCACUUCGCAUACGAACGGCUGCUCUGGCGCGGGCAGUGCCAGUGGAGCGAGUAACUCUAGUUCGACUAGCUCAAAUCCGAACGGCAACGGGGCGCGCAGUUGUCGCACCCCUGACUCUCCGGAGAGUGCACGUGCUAUUGCGCCGCGUUCACCCAUGUCGCCACAACUUCAUCACUCUAGUCUGGCACCACCACCCCCGCGUCCGAACCGUAAUGCCAGCACCUCCCCGGUGGUAAAUGGAGCCACGACCACUACCACACCACCUCCAUUGCCCACUCCACCUACACAAGCAGCUCUGGCAGCUGCCGCUGCUGCUGCAACUGCAGCGGCGGUACAUGCCGAGCAGUCGCGUCUCCUAGGUAAAAUUCGCAAGUUCCUCGGCUCCCUAGUGCAAUUAGCGCAGGAGGUUCAUCCCGAAGUAAGCGAUCGUGUGCGCGCUUUAGUACUCUCUCUAGUCAGUGGCAGUAUAAGCAUUGAGGAAUUUCGCCUAACUCUGCAAGAUGUCAUUAACUUGCCAUUACGCCCAUACGUCAUUCCAUUGCUUAAAAAUCACAUUUCGCUGCUGCAGCGCGAGAUAGGCGAACUGGCGCGUGCUAACAACCAGACUACGCUUCAAUACGUCACAACCAAUGAGAAUGUUGUAAUGGAAUUCUCCCCACAUGGACCGUCAGCCGAAUAUAGUGACAUGUUUGUGCAUAUGGAUGCGGCACAGGCUGCUGCAGCCGCAGCUGUAGCGCAAGCUGCGGCUUCAAAUGCUGCCAGCACCACCAGCCUCGUCUUCAAGCGUCGAGCUUCAGACACAUUAAUGGAGCAUCACAAUGGAGUACAAGACUGGAACGAAUAUAUGGCCGCGUAUCCGCCUACCAAACGCGCUUUGCAUGCACACUCGGCUCACCUGAGCGCUACAUCAACAGAUGCACGUCUUGCAUUUGCCAAUCAACCAACAAUUUUCGAUUAUUCUUCUGCAACUAGUAACGCGACAGCUGUUAAUCAAUCGGAAGCCAGUUUUAAUAGCCUAAUGGAAAAGGCAAAUCACAGGGAAGAGCGUGACAUACGUAUUAAUACUGGAUCGGAAUCUGGAGCGCAACGGCACCCCCCACGGACUGGUCUUUCAACUGCAAGCGGCAGUGCGGGCGGGGGUGGUGGUGGCAGUGCAACAAUCGGUGGAGAAGAGGAAUGGAAGAACAUUCACACUAUGCUCAAUUGUAUAUCAGCAAUGGUGGAUAAGACCAAACGAGCCAUAACCAUAUUGCAACAACGAGGCGUGGAGCCACAACAGCCCAACUACGGUGAAUUGACGCCAGCGUCAUUAGUCGAAAUACGGCGCCAGACAGAAGAAAAAGUUUCAGAAUUCAAGCGCAAUGCCGAGGAAGCAGUCAAUCAAGUGAAACGUCAAGCAGUGAUCGAGAUACAACGCGCAGUAGUGGCUGCGGAGACGCGAGCUUCAGAAGUAAUGGCCCAAGAGCGUUUACGUAUGGAGAAGUUCUUUAUGGAGAUGAGUCGCCAUUCGGGUGGUGUUCACAGCUCCAGCGCAGCAGCGGCAGGAGUAGCAGCAACCACGGUGGCAGCCGAGCGUGAGUUGGACAACAAAUCUCCCUCAAUCACAACUGGGCAAAAUGCUUGCUGGAACUGUGGGCGCAAAGCAACUGAAACCUGCUCCGGCUGCAAUUUGGCCCGUUAUUGCGGUGCAUUCUGCCAACACAAGGAUUGGGAGCAUCACCAUCAGAUUUGCGGCACGACACGCUCGACUGAUCUCUCUGCCAAACACAGCGUAUCACAGGGGAUUCCACUCUCGGCUACAAUGCGUGGUUCCAUUUCGAGAUCCCCGCCCAACCAACCUCAAGCAACGCAACCAACGUCGCAGGUGCCACAGCCGCAGAACUCGGGCAGUGCUGGCGUUGCGCCACCGAGUUCUCUAGUGGCGAAUGGAGUCGGCUCCAAAUGACGCAUUCGCAUGAUGAAGCCGAAAAAAAAGUACUUGUGCUAGUCAAAUUAAACUAAAAAUUAUACAUACAUUAAUUAGAUUAAACUCCAACAUAAACACAAUUCAUUAAAUUAAAUUCAUGUAUAAAAAUGAAAAAAAUAAAACGAAAUCAUAUGAAAUAAAAAAUAUGAAGAUUGAUAAUCGAAGCGCUCAAAAGAAAUUUACAGUAAAAAUUUUAAUUGUAAAAGCACAACAAUAUCAGAAACAUAAUCAAAAUAGAUUUUAAAAAUUUAACAAAAACCUUAAUGGGAAAAAGUAAAAUUAAAAUAUUUCAAAUUCACUUAAAAAUGGCAGUCUUCAAACUUCAAAUGUUAUUCAAACAUUUAUGCACCGGUUCUCAAGUUAAGUCAGAAUGAAUGCACCCAUAGCGAAAUAUAGAAACUUAGGUAUUUUCGGUUUUACGAUUUACAAUUUUCAAUAUCCUCCAAAAAUAAUUCAGAGAACUAAAAGCUGUAAGCCGAAAUGAAAGCAAGUAACUCUAAAAUUAAAGUAAUUUAACUAAAAGUAAAAAACCAAAUAAUAAACAGAUAUACGGUAAUUUUAGUAACUUAUUUAUUACGUAUUAUAUACAUAUUUAAAUAAUCUUAAAUGUAUUAAUUUAUG